UAUCUAGAACAAUUUAGAAAUACAGACAUUGAAUUCUGGGAAUAAUUACGCUGUAGUGAAAUCAUUUCCUUCUCUGCAUAUGAAGCAUGUAUGUGUCGCACACUGUUCAAGGUGCUGAAAAUCAGACUCUUCUCAAGGAGCCCAUGAGCAAUCAAGGGAGAUGGAUGGGUGAGCCACUGAUUAUCAUGUGACAAGUGGGAUAAUAGAGAUAUGACUAAAAUGCUAUCCAAAGAAGAAGAAAGGAAUUAUUCAUAACAUAUGGAGUGCUGGGAAAAGAGUUCUGAAAUGAAGCUGGCCGGGCGUGAUGGCUCACACUUCUACUGCCUGACCUCAGGUGAUCCACCCACCUCGGGCUCCCAAAGUGCUGGGAUUACAGGUGUGAGCCACCGCACCCAGCCCAAAAGCUUUGUGUUUUUACAGAUAUUAACCAUCUUUCCUGUUUAAAAAAAAAAAAAGCUUAACAAUAAUGUAGGAGAAUAAGAGAAACAUUUUUCCAAAAAAGGAAUCAUUUUGAUUAUUUUAUCUUAUUGGAAUGUUGGAUAAUAUAGUCUGCUUCAUUAAUCAUCAAGCAUGCGAUGGAUUUCCCACUUUUAUAGGAUCUGUAUCUCAGUUCAGGUAAUACUGGUAAUUUUUGUACAGUAUUUGAAGAUGAAAGGUAUAGGCCAAAAUCAUAGACCUUGCAUAGAAGCUGGUUGAUGAAGACAGCUCUGGAGGAACACAUAGAUACACACAGAGAGACACACACAUAUAUAUGAAGUGUACACACAUGUUUUUUAAAGUCUUAAAGGUUUUAAAGCAAAAGCCAGCCCCUCCCCUCUCUCAGAGUGGGUGGGGACAGCGGUUGCAUGGGCAGCUUUCCUGAUGAGCCACAGGUCCCUCUGGAUACACUGCUGCCUGGCCACGCCCCCUUUCCCUUUCAUCUUUCUCAUUGACCAAUGGGCUUGGAGCAUUAAGGCCACACCCCUAUUCCGCAUUCUGCUGUGGCCCUGGUUACGCCUCCUCUGGCUCAGUUACGCAGCUGCCUGCUAGGUGACUGGAGGCGUUGAUCGGUGCUCGCUGGGAUUUUGCUGACGUGGCCCCAACCCCGCCUCCCUCCCCACCCCACAAUGGCAGAAGAAACUCGACAGAGCAAAUUAGCUGCAGCCAAGAAAAAGUUAAAAGAAUAUUGGCAGAGAAACAGCCCUGGUGUUCCAGCAGCAGCGAAGAGGAACAGGAAAGCAAAUGGCAGUAGCCCUGAAACAGCCACUUCUGGUGGUUGCCAGUCAUCUGAGGCUAACCCACACCAAGAACAAGCAGCAGUCCUGGACUCGAGGUCUGUAAAAAUCAGUCGACUGAAUAACACCAUCAAAUCUUUGAAACAACAGAAGAAACAAGUGGAACAUCAGCUGGAAGAAGAAAAGGAAGCAAACAGUGAGAAAGAGAAAGCCCAAAGGGGGCUAGAGGUUCAAAUCCAGACAUUGAACAUAGAGAACAAGAAACUAAAUACGGACCUGUGUCGCACAAAACGUUCUCUCAGAUACUUUGAAGAAGAGUCCAGGGAUCUGGCCAGCCGCCUGCAACAUUCAUCACAGCGUACAGGAGAGUUAGAGCGGGCUCUUUGUGCUGUCACUGCCACGCAGAAGAAGCCGGAUGGGUUCUCGAGCCGCAGUAAAGCACUUAUGAAGAUGCAGUUAGAGCAGUCCAUAAGGGAGCAGAUACUGCUGAAACGACACGUGACACAGUUGAAGGAGUUGCUUAAAGAAGUCCAGUUGGAGAGAGAUCAAUAUGCGCAACAAAUAAAAGGAGAGAGGGCCCAGUGGCAGCAGAGGAUGAGGAAAAUGUCCCAGGAGGUUUGCACAUUAAAGAAGGAAAAGAAGGAUGAUACGCAUCGGGUAGAGAAGCUGGAGAGGAGCUUGUCCAAACUGAAAAACCAGAUGGCUGAACCCCUGCCCCCAGAGCCCCCAGCAGUGCCCUCCGAGGUGGAGCUGCAGCACCUGAGGAAGGAACUAGAGAGAGUGGCAGGAGAGCUCCAGGCCCAGGUCAAAAACAAUCAGCGCAUAAGCCUCCUGAACCGGGGACAAGAAGAGAGGAUUCGGGAGCAGGAAGAGAGGCUUCGGAAGCAGGAGGAGAGGCUUGAGGAGCAGCAGGAGAGGCUUCAGCAGCUGGUCAAGCCACAGAGCGUCUUUGAGGAGCUGGAGCGCCUGGAAGCUACCAGCCAGCAGAACCAGCAGCUAACAACCCAGCUGAGCCUCAUGGCUCUCCCAGGGGAAGGAGAUGGAGGAGGACAUCUGGACAGUGAGGAGGAGGAGGCACCUCGGCCCAUGCCGAGCAUCUCAGAGGACCUGGAGGGCAGGGAGGCCAUGGUGGCGUUUUGCAAGUCCGCUGGAGCCAGUGUCCAGGAGGAGCAGGCAUGGUUACAAGAGCAGAGCGGCUUUAUGGACCACCUGGAGGAGAAGGCAGACCUGAGUGAGCUGGUGAACAAACAAGAACUUCGCUUCAUCCACUACUGGCGAGAGAGAUGCCAUCAGAAAAUCCAUCACGUUUUAACAGAGCCAGGGGGCAGUGCCAAAGAUGCGGCACUGGGAGGAGGACAUCAUCAGGCUGGCCCAGGACAGCGAGGAGAUGAAGGUGAAGCUGCUGGAGCUGCAGCAGAUGGUAUUGCGGCUUAUAGCAACUACAACAAUGGGCACAGAAAAUUCCUGGCCGCUGCCCAGAACCCUGCUGAUGAGCCCGGUCCAGAAGCCCCAGCCCCCCAGGAACUUGGGGCUGCAGACAAGCAUGGUGAUCUUUGUGAGGUGAGCCUCACCUCCUCUGCUCAAGGAGAGGCCAGGGAGGGUCCUCCCUAUGACAACCCUACCACACAGCCAAUCGUGCAGGACCACCAGGAGCACCCAGGCUUGGGCAGGAACUGCUGUGUGCCAUUCUUUUGCUGGGCUUGGCUGCUGAGAAGAAGGAGAUAAACAUCACCGUCAUCAAAGAGCUGCUCAAGAAAUUUUUAAAUAAGAAACCAAGUUAUGGGGUUAAUCUCCUGCACAAUUCUUUCACUUCAUUUGAAUGUUAGAGUCACUCAUGAUUAUUUGUGUUUCUAAUUUAUAGUUUAAGUUUAUGUGUAAAAAGUUAAAAGAGAGUGGGUCUCUGUGGCUCUCACUGAUGUUCACUCUGGCAUCCUUUAGCAUUUUUCUUUUUUAAUUUCAUAAUUGUAGGUCAUUAGCAUGCAUAUCGAGUUUGCCCUUAUGUGGUGGGAGUUCAAACACACAAAGACCCACUCUUUGCAGAAAACUGUUCUCGUUGGUUUGGAAUAGGCUGCCAUGCUUUUUUAAUGUUAUUGAAGCGUGUAUAUUCAUUACAGAAUUCAGACAAAAUUUGCCUAUGUUCUGCUGUUGUUUGAUGUAAUCUUAAUCACAGUGAGCUCUUCAUUAGCUCAAUAUGUGGUUUGCCCCCAAGUGUGCACUGUUUAUUACUUUGUAAUAUGCCACUAUGAGUACUGACAUUUAGAGUUGUUUAAAGUCCAAGAACUGGAAACAGCCUUUCCUCCAUUUUCUGUGUAUUGGUGAUGGGAGUAAUAACCUUUUGGGGAAGCUUUUUAAAUCUCACAGAAGAGGAAAGUGGCCUCCUCUGGCAGGUAUGUGCAGGAUAGAGUGUGUUGCAUCUGUUCCAGUGCCAAGAAUUAGCGCUGUAUUAUGGUGGUUCCCUUAGGAUUUGUAUGUGCUCUGGGCUCAUGAAGGUAUUGCAUCAUGAGCUGCAGCAGUUGUACUCUUUUUUGAUGACCUUAAAAGGGAUUAUUUCUGAGGAAUGAAAGGUUCCCAUCGUUGACUGUGGAUGUGGAAAACCUUUCCUAGCUUAGAGCAUUUGUAUCUACAAUACAUUUUAAAGUCAGAGUUCAUGUUACCUGUUUUAAUCAUAUGACUACAUGCCUCAGUUCAGAAAAGGGCGCUGGUGGGCGUUCUUCUUAAUGUAUUUAGUGAAGAUAAUAAGAAAUCCUUUACGAGUUCAAAUGUCCCUGGAACAGGCAUACAGGCUCUAGUCAAGAAUGAAUUAGAGUGAAGGAAAGCUGUGUGACGCCUGGCAUUCCUCUUUGUACGGAGCUUCUUUGAGGCUUGAAGAUUGAUUUUACCAUCUAGACGUCUCUGGCUGAUACCUAUUCUUCAACCACCUUGGUUACUCUGACAUAGGAAUUUACUUCUUUUCCUUGAAUGGAAAACACUUUAAAAAACAAUAAGAAACAUUGUUAUAAACUAAUAUAUGUGAGAGUACUUAGUUGAAACAAAAAGGAGUUUUAGUAGACAGUAUUAUACUAUCUUUGAAAAUCAAGGAGAAGUUUAUGCAACUUAAAAUGUUUCCAAACUGCAGUGCAAUCUACUGUUUGUGAAUGUCAAUGUAUUAUCAGGAAACGUGUCUAUACAAUCACACAGUUAUAUUUCCUCACACACUUCUUUACAAAGAGUGAAAUAUAUUUUUGUACCUCUCUGUUUCAGUGAGGGACAUAUUUUGUGCAAUAUUUAUGUGAUUGUGCCUAUGCGUGAUGAAUGAAUGCAUUUCAGUCAUAUAUUGCCUAAAUCAUAACUUGAUGCUUGGGAAAACUUCAUAAAGUUUUAAUGUCUGUGUUCCAGAACACAUCACAUUAUUAGGAUGUAGGGAGAUAUGUAUGUGUGCUCCCUGGUGUGGGGAUUUCUAGUUACUAGACCAUCUCCAUAUUUAGUAUUUGGCAUCCUCAUGAUACUUCUAUGACAUUAACAGGAGAGCAGCAAUACGAUUUUACCGAUGGAAUAACAGAUUUGCCGGCAUUCACUGAAAGAGGGCAAAUAUUCGGUCCUUGUGACUUCAACUGACUCUUCCAAAUUUUAUGAAUGUAUCAAUGUAUUAGAUAAACCCAGUUUCAGAAUGAUAAAGAAAAAAUGUUAGACCAAAUAAUGCGGCUAAUUAACAGUGGUACGAUUUCUAGCCCGUGGGUUUAAAAUGCACUUAAAGUCCUGUUCUUGCCUUUUAUUUUCUGAACUUGCCGCUUUUGCAUUCUUUGAUUUCAGUUUAAAGACAGUUACUUUAAGAGCAUUUUAAACCCUCGUGCUAGAAAUCGGACCACUGUUAAUUAGCCACAUUAUUUGGUCUAACAUUUUUUCUUUUAUCAUUCUGAAACUGGGUUUAUCUGAUACAUUGAUAAAUUAUUUCAAAGAUACUUUUAUCGUUGAAAUCACUUCACUUUACCCUGAUAAAUAUCAGUGACUAGGAGUGACCUUCAGAUAGCGUUUAGCAUCUGUAACCAAUCUGACAAUAAUGUGUUCAUCAGGUGCCUAUGGAUUAAAUCACACACUGGCAUAUUUAAGCUGAAGGUCAGUCUGGAAAAUAAAUUUACUAUAUUGACUGAAAUACCACUCUUUGUGUAGGUAUUUGUCAUAUAUUUAAGAAAAAGCUAAAAAGAAUGGAAACUGUAUGACAAUAACUUAAGUCUUUCUUCAAAGUGCAUGCCGUCUUUUGCGAUACCCCAUUCAGCCAAGUAUUUGUGCUCUUCCUCAUUCAGUAUAAGGUAGCUUUCAGUUUGCUUAGAAGGCAACAUUGGAAUGUUAGAGUUCAUCAGAAACAUAGAAUUUUAAAAUGUGAGUUCCACUGAAUACAUUUGAAUUUCUGUAGGAAGAACCAGAACACCUGAAGAUUGCAGUAUAUCAUAAUUAUUUUAAAAGUAUUUGAUUAAACCUGAUCGAUUUUCCAGAAAUGAAAAAAAAUCAGCUCUAAAACCAAAGCUGAUUUUUAGAAAAUUUGAAAAUGUAAAUCAGCCCUAUCCAUAAUAUAUUUUCUGUAAAACUUUAUCUUGAAGAGUCAUUUUAAAAUAAUAUAACUAUUAAAAAAUGUAAUUGCUAUCUUAAUGUUCUGAAAUAAGUUAAAACAUUUUAAAAUAUGAGUACUGUAGUAUAAAAGAAAGAAACGGUGGGAAGGAAAAGCAGAGAAAGCAAUGGCAAUUCCAGUCCAAAACUUUAUUUGCCAAGUUUUCUUAGAAUGAAUUUUACCAAUUUAUGAAUUCUUGUGAACAGAAUGUGUAAUGGAAAUACUGAAAGAUUUUUCCCUAGAGAGGCAUUGACUGCUGGUGUGAUGCUACUGUAAUGUAAUAAAUCAUUAAAUUGUUUCAAA